UUAUGGGUUUAAAAGGACUCAUGGGCCACUUGCCGAUUUGUUCACAAAACACAUUAAACCAACCGAGAUCUAACCAAAAGGGAAUAGGGGGAAAAGCAAGUGGAUUCUUUCUUAACUACCUCAUUUUUGUUUAACCAUUCAUGUAGAGUCAACUAUGUAAAGCUGCCCAAUUAAUGUCUCAAUCCUUGAUAAAAAACUUGAGACAGAGAGAAAAGAUUUUGGAAGAGAGAGAUUUAGAACAUCAUUGUGGCAAUUAAAUAAAGAUUGACGUCUAUACACUGAGCGAAAGAUAUUUAAAAGGGAUUUCCUUUCUGGAAGCUGACUUUAAGAGAGUAUAGAGAGAUGGAAGGUACUUAAAAAAAUAGAGCAGUUGGUAGAGAUAAGAAUGUUCAAACCACAUACAGGUUUUCUCCUCUAAAUAACAGUGGUUAUUUUCUGAUCCAUUUCAAGCAAAGAGUUUUGCUGUUUAAGAUGAUUCUGGCAUAGGCAAAAAGGAGGCCCUUGUAGUAGAGCAUCUUCGUUUCUCUGUCGGUUUGCUGUGAUGGGGGCGGUUCUUGCUAUUCUCUUUCUGUUAAUUAACAUAUUCUCACUUCCUGAUCAUUCUUUAUCUCAUCCAUUAUGCACUGAUUCGAGAGCACCUUUUACCUUGAACACCACGCUGAGUUUUUGUCCCUACAAUGGGAGCACCUGCUGCAAUUCUACCGCAGAUAUACAAUUGCAGAAGCAAUUUCAGACAAUGAAUAUCUCCGAUCCUGGCUGUGCUUCUCUUCUGAAAUCUAUCCUUUGUGCUAGAUGUGAUCCCUUUUCAUCUGAGCUGUUUACAAUCAAUUCUGUGCACCGGCCAGUUCCUGUUCUCUGUAAUUCCACUGUUUCAAUAAAUUCAUCUCAAUCUAGCCAACUAGCAAAUGAUUUCUGCUCUAAAGUAUGGAAUGCGUGUGAAAACGUAUCUAUACUGAAUUCACCUUUUGCCCCUUCGCUAGAAGGCCAAGCUGGAUUACCUGUCAAUUCUAGUGUCACCAAAUUGACUGAUCUCUGGCAAUCAAAAAGUGAUUUCUGCAAAGCAUUUGGUGGAGAAUCUACUGAUGGAUCAGUAUGUUUCAAUGGUGAACCUGUUACCAUCAAUAACACAGGAUCACCUAGUCCCCCAGCUGGUUUGUGCCUUGAGAAAAUUGGAAAUGGAUCCUACCUCAAUAUGGUUGCUCAUCCUGAUGGCUCCAACCGUGCAUUCUUCUCCAGCCAACCAGGUAAGAUUUGGUUGGCAACUAUUCCUGAAGAGGGAUCCGGAGGAACCUUGGAAAUUGAUGAGUCCAGUCCUUUUAUUGAUCUAACAGAUGAGGUUUAUUUUAGCAGUGCAUUUGGGAUGAUGGGUAUGGCAUUUCAUCCAAACUUUGCACAAAAUGGUCGGUUCUUUGCUUCAUUUAAUUGUGACAAGGUCAGGUGGCCGGGAUGUGUUGGAAGAUGUUCAUGUAAUUCAGAUGUGAACUGUGAUCCUUCAAAGCUGCCUUCUGAUAAUGGUGCACAGCCAUGCCAAUAUCACAGUGUUAUUGCAGAAUAUAGUGCAAACAGUUCAGCAGUUGAGGCUUCCUUGGCAACAACUGCCAAACCAUUGGAAGUUAGAAGGAUACUUACAAUGGGCCUUCCAUUCACAUCGCAUCAUGCAGGACAGAUUCUUUUUGGACCUACAGAUGGGUAUUUAUACUUCAUGAUGGGAGAUGGUGGUGGGCCAGGUAACGCAGGGGAUCCUUACAAUUUUUCUCAAAACAAGAAAUCAUUGCUUGGAAAGAUCAUGCGACUGGAUGUUGAUAAUAUACCAAGUGCUAAAGAAAUUAAUGACCUUGGUCUAUGGGGAAACUACUCUAUCCCUAAAGACAAUCCAUCUAGUGAAGACAGUGAAUUGUUGCCAGAAAUCUGGGCUUUAGGCUUACGAAAUCCUUGGCGCUGCAGUUUUGAUUCAGAAAGGCCAUCCUACUUUAUCUGUGCAGAUGUUGGGCAGGAUGUAUAUGAAGAGGUGGAUAUCAUAUCGAAGGGCGGAAACUAUGGCUGGCGUAUUUAUGAGGGCCCUUAUCCUUAUAAUCCUCCAUCAUCCCCUGGUGGAAAUACAUCCCCGAACUCCAUAAGUCCAAUUUUCCCAGUUAUGGGAUACAACCACUCUGAAGUAAACAAGAAUGAAGGGUCAGCAUCAAUCACUGGGGGUUAUUUCUAUCGCUCAAAGACUGAUCCAUGCAUGUAUGGGAGGUAUUUGUAUGCAGAUUUGUAUGCGAAUGCUGUGUGGGCGGGCACUGAAACCCCUGAAGAUAGUGGUAACUUUACCACCAGCAAAAUUCCCUUCAGUUGUGCAAAGGACUCUCCCAUCCAGUGCAUAACAGUACCAGGAAGUAACUUUCCAUCCUUGGGUUACAUUUUCUCGUUUGGGGAGGACAACCGCAAGGAUAUUUUUGUCCUAGCCAGCAGUGGUGUUUAUAGAGUUGUUCGUCCAAGUCGCUGCAGUUACACCUGUUCAAAGGAAAAUGUCACAAACGUUGCAAGCCCAAGUCCUAGCACAUCACCCCCUUCGAAUGCAGGGCAGUCUCAUUGCCAAUAUAGCAGGGUUUUGGUCUUAUUCUCCUCUUUGUUGCUGCUUUUAUUGGGUGUUAUGUAGCAUAUAACAGCAGAUUUAUGCAUUAUAAAGGCCUCUGUAUUCCUUUCAAUAGAAGUGUCAUCAACCCCAGACUAAUAGAAUUGGCUCUUUCAGUUGUCCCUUUGUGAGUUGGGACCCGUAGCAUUCAAUUGAGAGCCGUGCACAUCUGCAAUUACGCAUAUUGAUCUUCCAUUUUCAUCUGAGAAAUACUUGGUAUCGUGCAGUGGAUCCUAAAUAUUUUCAUAUGAUUUUAUCU